AUGCCUUCGAACAGCACUGCCAAUCCGUCCGAGUUGUCUCGUGACAACAACAACAACAACAACAACAACAACAACAACAACAACAACAACAACAACAACAACAACAACAACAACAACAACAACAACAACAACAACAACAACAACAACAACAACAAUAACAUCACCACGAGCCAUCUUCAUCAGCAUACGCCAUCAUCACCGCCGCAAGCCACCCCGACCAAGCGCCGCUUCGACGACUUGAACAACCUGAAGGAUAAAGGCGCCCAGCAGUCGCACCUCCACGCCGCCGCAUCAUCCAGCACCAACACUGCUGCUCCCAACAAGCGCUCCCGCUCCGAGUUAUUCGCUGCCUCUUCCGCCGCCCACCCGACAACAGCCACAACACCUCCUACCAUGUCCGCCAAACUCAAGGGAAAACGCCCCGCUUCCGGACCGCCCGAGGUAAUCGACCUCACCCAAGGAAGUAACAACUCCGCAGGGAGUUCGCCUGUUGCCACUUCUUCUCAUUCGCACAUACGAGGGCCACCACUAUCUUCCUCGCACAGCACGGGCCGUACGUCAACAGCGCCGCUUAAUCCCAAGGGCGGCGGCAUGGCCACGGGCAAAACACCAGGAGGCACCAACUACCUCCAAACACACAUUGGCGCCCGCCGCCUCGUCGUCAAGAACCUCCGCCCUGUCGCCACCCAGACUCAGACCGAAGAAGCGCACUAUGCACGCAUUCGCGGCGAUCUGGAUACGGCGCUUAGAGCUAUCUUUAGCGGGCACGGUGCCGGUGCCGCUCCUGCUCUUGGGGGCUACAGUCCUAGUCCCGGCGGCCCAGGUGGUCAGAGCCGAAGCGGAGCGGCGGGCAAUAACACCACUACGGGCGGCCAACCUAUGGAGAAACUAUACCGCGGGGUGGAAGAUAUCUGCCGACGGGGCAAGAAGGAGAGUGGGGAAUUGUACGAGUGGUUGAAGGAUCGGUGCAAGGGGUGGUUGAACAGUGACGAGGUGCUCAAGACGUUAUUGGCGGCUGCUCCGUCUAUAGCUUCCGAUAUGGGAGGGGAAGAGGAUGUGAUCCUGCUCAGGGCGGUGCUGGCCGCUUGGAAGAGGUGGAUUACGCAGCUUUUGGUGAUCAGAUGGAUCUUCAGCUACUUGGACAGGAGUUAUCUACUUCCCGGUGGUAGCGGGACUACUGCGGAAGGAAAGGGCAAGAGUGCUAGUGGCAAAAGGGAGGGGCCAACGAGUGUCAAUGAUAUGGGUAUCAGUGCGUUCCGCAGUGCCAUGUAUAGCUCCAGGAGCAGGAACGGCGCCAACAUGCUGACCAUCGGCGCACGGGUGGUCAAUGCUGUGUGUGUGUUGGUUAUGUUUGAUCGGCUGGAUGACAGCAGAUUCGAUUCGCAGCUGUUGAGGGAAUCGGUGGCCAUGUUGAGGCUCUGGGGCGUGUACGGCAAGGAGCUAGAGCCCAAGUUCAUCCAUGAGUCGAGAGAAUACGUGAGGAGGUUUGCGGAAGAGCGUAGCGAGUCGUGCGGGCUCAAGGACUACAUUGUUGCUUGCGAGCGGCUGCUCAACAAGGAAAGCGAGCGGUGCGAUUUGUACAACUUUGACAGCACCACUAAGCGCCAGCUCAAGGACGACGCGCACGACAUUCUCAUCUUCAACUAUGCGGAGAAGCUGCUGGAUAGCGGCAGCGUCGCAAAGUUGCUGGACGCAAACGAUCUCGAUUCUAUCAAGGCCCUGUACGAGCUGCUAAAGUUGUCAGGUAUCCAGAAGAGGCUCAAGGGACCGUGGGAGCAGUACAUCAGGAAGGCGGGUGCGGCCAUUGUCAGCGAUACGGCUAGGGGCGACGAAAUGAUUAUUCGCAUCUUGCAGCUGCGUCGCGCGCUAGACGUUAUGAUUCGCGAUGCGUUCGGCAGAGACGAAGAUUUCACGUACGGGUUACGCGACGCUUUCGGGUUCUUCAUCAACGACAAGUCGGUGUCAUCGUCGUGGAAUACGGGCACCUCGAAGGUGGGCGAGAUGAUCGCCAAGCACAUUGACAUGUUGCUACGCGGUGGUCUCAAGACGUUACCCAAGGCACUGUUGUCCGAUGUCAAGGACAGGCAGGAUGCCGAAAGGAGCGGCAUUGCUAGCACGGCAGAUGAAGAUGCUGAGCUGGAUAGACAACUGGACCACAGCCUGGAGCUUUUCCGGUUCAUCCAGGGCAAGGACAUCUUCGAGGCGUUCUACAAGAAGGACCUCGCGCGCAGACUCCUCAUGGGUCGCAGUGCUAGCCGUGACGCGGAGAGGAACAUGCUGGCCAAGCUGAAGAACGAGUGCGGUUCAAGUUUCACCCACAAUCUGGAGAUCAUGUUCAAGGAUCAGGAACUGGCCAAGGACGAAAUCGCCUCCUACAAGACCUGGCUAGCCGGUAGGGGCGAGGACUCGCCCGUAGCCAAUUCGGAGCUCGACCUGAGCGUGAAUGUCCUUUCAGCUGCCGCUUGGCCUACCUACCCCGAUGUUCGCGUCCUGUUGCCGCAAAAUGUGCUGGACCACAUCACCACGUUCGACACGUACUACAAAUCCAAGCAUACCGGCCGCCGUCUAACAUGGAAGCACAACCUCGCGCACUGCGUCGUCAAGGCACGCUUCGACCGCGGACCAAAGGAACUACUUGUCUCCGCCUUCCAAGCCAUUGUCCUCGUCCUCUUCAAUGAAGCCGAAGAAAAGUCUCCGGACGGGAUCCUCUCCUACGAGCAACUCGCCUCAGCAACGGGGAUGCCCGACCCCGAGCUUCAACGAACUCUGCAAUCCCUAGCCUGCGGCAAGACGCGCGUCCUCAACAAACACCCCAAGGGUCGCGACGUCAACAAGACCGACACCUUUUCUAUCAACAAGUCCUUCACCGAUCCCAAGUUCCGAGUCAAGAUCAACCAGAUCCAACUCAAGGAGACCAAGGAAGAGAACAAGGAGACGCACGAAAGGGUCGCGCAGGACAGACAGUUUGAGACGCAGGCGGCGAUUGUGCGCAUCAUGAAGAGCCGGAAGAAGAUGGCGCAUGCGCAACUGGUGGCCGAAGUGAUUAACCAGACGAAACAGAGGGGGGCGGUAGAUGCGGCGGAUAUCAAGGCGAAUAUAGAGAAACUUAUCGAAAAGGAUUAUAUCGAGAGAGAGGGUGGGAAUUAUGUCUAUCUUGCCCGUGACAUGAUCAUGUACUCGUUUACCUCCCGUUCUUCACAAAAGACCCAAUGGGUUGUCGUCACCCUAGUCGUCCUGCUUUGCCUUGUCAGCCAGGUAACAGCGCGGGCGCUGGCUAUCGAAAUCAAGGAUGACUUGAGCGACUCCAUCGACUUUAAUGCGCCGUUGGAUAUCGACACCUCAGAACCACCAACCAUCGAUGAAGGAGAAUGGAUCUUGCUAUCACCGGAGGAGGCGGAGUUGAAGCAUGGAGGGUUGAGGAAGCGUGAGGAAAAGGAAAUGACCUCCGUUGCAUCCGGCUCCGUGACAACCACCUUCCAAAUCGCCGUCUCUACCGUCACCGAGAAACCCACGGGUGCUUCCACUUUCACCGCCGCCCGGGCCGAAGAGACCGCCGCCGUAUCGAGCUCCCUACCCAAGUUCUUCGACGGCAGUUUAUCCGCCAACUUUGGCCCCAACAGCAACUGCCCGGCUUUUCUCAACUCUUUUCUCAAUAACCAGACUUUCAACCAGUGCUACCCCAUCUCGUUAUUGAUGCAGGGCUCCCAAUCCUUCUUCCAAGCCCAACGCUCCCUCGUCUCGCUCACCCGCGUCCUCGACGCCUCGUGCUCUCCCAACGCCAACUUCUGCACCUCCUACCUCUCCUCGCUCGCCUCCGACCUGAUCUCGGACGCCAACUGCGGCGCCGAGUUCCGCGCCGGCCACACCGUCGUCCGCGACGCGUACGUCGCCAUGAUCGCCUACGCCCCCGUUCGCUCGGCUACCUGUCUGAAAGACACCUCCUCCUCUUCUUCUUCAGAAGUAGUCGAAGGAUACUGCUACGCAAACGCCGUCAUGAACUUCACCAACCCUAGCUCCGUCUAUGUCUAUCACCUGGCGCUGAAUGUCAGUUUGCCCGGGUCGACGGUGCCGACCUGUGAUGGGUGUCUGAGGGAGACGAUGCAGGUCUAUCAUGCGGCUGCCGCCGACCGCAAGCAGCCCGUGGCGGGAGUUUAUGUGCAGGCAGCCAAGAUGGUGAAUGUGGUUUGUGGCGUGGGGUUUGCUAAUGAGACAUUGCCCGAGGAGAUUGUGUCUUCGUCAACGAGCGGUGGUGCAGUCACAUUGGGGUCAAGGAAGCUGGGGGUGGUAGUGCCGGUUUUGACGACGGUGGCGGCGGGGUUGGUGUGGUUGAUAUGAUAUGAGAAUGAAAUGAUGGAGCGAGUGUGCGCCGCUCUAAUCGUUUCGAAGAGGGCAGGCAGGUAAUGCUGGUCGAGACGGAACCAAACACACAACACUUAAUGGCUUUUUGUCUAAUGAUAAUCAACGGUAUAUACAGGUACAUGAGGGGGGAAGGGCAUGAUAAUCUGGAUCUGGACCGG